AAUAUAAGGCUCGUAGACACUGUCUCCCCUCGUGAAGCUACAAACCCUAAUCCCUUCCCAGCGAUCUACCCACGAGUGCGAACCUCCUCCGCUGGUCAUCCCACCUUCAAGCCCUCUGGAACUUAAGAGUAUCUUUUAUGUACUAAUCAUAGGAUUGAAUCCAAUCAAGUCACACUCUCCCGUCACAUGCCCGCAACCCCGCAAGCUUGGGAUCGGCAUCCCCGCGGCUGCUGGCAAGUUGUUGAGGGUCCAGAUGCGUCGCAGACAAUGAUGCUUACCAUAUCCUGCGGGGUUACUGGCCAGACAUAAAAUGCGGGGUUCUGUCCUUCUCUGACGAUUGCGACUCCAUCCCACGCCUAUCUAUCAUUAAUAUUUGGUUUCCUGGAUCCUUUCAUCUGAAAAUUGUGAUUCCCUCGAAUCUCCAAGCAGUGAGUCUGAUGUCCGUGGAGGACCCCCAAUCCAUCAAAAAGCACAAAAGCAUGGGAUCAAACCAAUGCCCAGUUCAUAACCGCCAGACGGCCAACAUUGGAGGUGGCGGCACCCGGAACGGCGACUGGUGGCCGGAUCAGCUGAAGCUCAACAUCCUCCGUCAACAUACUUCCGUAUCCAACCCUCUGGACAAGGAGUUCAACUAUGCCGCCGCCUUUGGGAGUCUAGACUAUUAUGCCUUGAAGCAGGAUCUUGUGGCCCUUAUGACAGACUCGCAAGACUGGUGGCCAGCAGAUUUCGGUCACUAUGGGGGUCUAUUCAUCCGAAUGGCUUGGCACAGUUCUGGUACUUACCGAGUGUUCGACGGCCGCGGGGGUGGUGGACAGGGGCAACAACGCUUCGCUCCUCUGAACAGCUGGCCCGACAAUGUUAGUCUAGACAAGGCGCGCCGCCUGUUGUGGCCUAUUAAGCAGAAGUAUGGAAACAAGAUCUCCUGGGCUGAUUUGAUGAUCCUGGCUGGUAAUGUGGCCCUGGAAUCCAUGGGCUUCAAGACCUUUGGCUUCGCAGGAGGCCGAAAUGAUACCUGGGAGGCAGAUGAAUCCGUGUACUGGGGAGGUGAGACAACCUGGCUGGGCAACGAUAUUCGCUACGCUGGCGGUAACCUCGAUACCCCACUGGCUGCAGCCCACAUGGGUCUGAUCUAUGUGAACCCUGAGGGUCCCAAUGGUGUGCCUGAUCCCGUUGCAGCCGCCAAGGAUAUCCGUGAUACUUUUGGCCGUAUGGCCAUGAAUGAUGAAGAAACCGUGGCCCUGAUUGCUGGCGGCCACACGCUGGGCAAGACCCACGGCGCAGCCCCUGCUUCCCACAUGGGUAAGGAGCCUGCAGGUGCUGGGCUUGAAAAGCAGGGCCUUGGUUGGGAGAACAGCUACGGUUCUGGUAAAGGGCCCCACGCCAUCACCAGUGGUUUGGAGGUCAUCUGGACCAAGACUCCUACAAAAUGGAACAACAACUUCUUGGAGUACCUAUUCCGUUACGACUGGGAGCUCACCAAGAGCCCAGCUGAUGCGAACCAGUGGGUAGCCAAGAACGCCGAAAACAUUAUCCCCGACGCCUACGAUCCCUCCGUAAAGCACCCUCCAAGAAUGCUGACGACCGAUCUCUCCCUCCGCUAUGAUCCGAUCUACGAGAAAAUUUCGCGUCGCUUCCUCGAGCAUCCCGAUCAGUUUGCUGAUGCCUUUGCUCGGGCUUGGUUCAAGCUCACCCACCGUGACAUGGGACCGCGUGUUCUUUACCUUGGUCCAGAGGUGCCAGGAGAAGUACUCAGCUGGCAGGAUCCCAUUCCCGUAGUCGAUCACCCUGUGAUCGAUGCUGACGAUAUUGCUGCCCUGAAGCAAGCCAUCCUGACCAGUGGCGUAGACCCUAGCAAAUUCAUCUCCACCGCCUGGGCCUCUGCAUCAACCUUCCGUGGCAGCGACAAGCGCGGUGGUGCCAACGGUGCCCGCAUCCGACUGGAGCCGCAGCGUUCCUGGGCUGUAAACAAUCAGCCUUGGCUCAGCGAGGUGCUAAGUGCUCUCGAAACCAUUCAGAAACAGUUCAAUAACUCCCAGAGCAGCGGCAUGAAGGUGUCCCUAGCCGAUCUAAUCGUAUUGGCCGGAUCUGCUGCAGUCCAGAAGGCUGCCAAAGACGCUGGUCAUGAUAUCAUCGUUCCUUUCACUCCCGGUCGCAUGGACGCUUCCCAAGAGGACACGAAUGUGGAGUCCUUCAGCCACAUGGAACCCCCAGCUGACGGUUUCCGCAACUUUGGUAAAUCGAGCAACCGUGUGCGCACUGAAGACUUCCUCGUGGAUAGAGCCCAGCUUCUCACCCUUUCUGCUCCAGAAAUGACCACGCUGGUUGGUGGUCUGCGUGUUCUCAACAACAACCAUGACCGAUCUGCGCAUGGGGUUUUCACCCAGCGACCCGGCCGUCUGACGAACGAUUUCUUUGUGAACCUUCUGGACAUGAACACCGUCUGGCAGCCUACGGAUAACGACAACGAGAUCUUUGUGGGCGCCGACCGGAAGACUGGGCAGAAGAAAUGGACGGCCACCCGUGCUGACCUCGUGUUUGGGUCUCAUCCAGAACUCCGCGCCAUUGCUGAAGUUUACGGCAGCUCGGACGGAGAGACGAAGUUCGUGAAGGAUUUCGUGUCAGCCUGGGAUAAGGUGAUGAAUCUCGACCGUUUCGACUUGAAGGCAAGUGCCAGAUUUCCCAGGCUCAAAAACCUGCUGUAAAUCGGAAGUCGUUAAUGAUUACCUAGUCUAAGCGCGUUUGAGCAACGUUGUUGGGGCGGCCGUUAUUUGCCCUACAUGACUCAUGAACCUAUUCUGAAAUUGAAUCUAUAAAUCUUCGUACUUAUACCUGAGCUUAACCAAAAGGCACUCCAUUGCUGUCUCGUAGCCU